CAUUUAGCAGUUGUUUAGGUACUUCAGUGACUGAGGUGAAAAAUACUUGUGGAAUCUUGCUAGAGAACUUUACAUUAAAAAACAACUUGGGGAAAAGAACAGGGUAUGUUAAAAGGAAUAUCCUGCUUUUAAAGGACAGAACCACUAGAAGAGUUGAGCAGGGGAACCAGAUAAACAAAGGAAGGUUGACUGGGAUAAGAAAUGUAAAGGAAUAUGGCUCUUUGAUAAACAGAUUACACAUUUUUUUUUUCCUCUGAAUAUGAUACAUUAUGAUAGAAAUUUGGAUUUUAAAUCUGUGACUCCGAAGAUGAAGCAACUCAUUUGAAGAGUACUUAUUCUCUUACAGAAUGACUACAGAAAAUCUGAUAUGUUUUAAAUGCUUUAUCUCAAGGAAUCUGUUUACAUGUGGUGUAGCUUAGCAUUUUACUGCCAUUUGCUGCAACCCAGUCAGUUAAUUCAGUGAAGCAUUCUAGUCAGUGGCCAUCGCUGUUGCCUAACACGGUGAGUCUACAGAAUAGAGCACAGAAACACUUGGUGGUUUGUUUUCCUAUUUUCUAAGAUUAGCUUAUAUAGCUUAUGUCGUUAGCAUAUGCUGGGUGCUAUACUCAAUUCAGGGCAAUAAGUACUUCUGCAGAGAAAGGCUUCUUAAGAAAAGACUGGACUCAGCAGAAACACUCAGAGGAAAGAUUGCACUUUGAAAGUGAGGCUGAAAGGAAUAAGACAGAGGGAAGAUGGAGUUCUCAUUCCAAGAAGGCAGAGAAAGAAAAAAGGAAGGAACAAACUGAGAAGACCGUUAGCAAAAAGAAGGGUCUGUCAUGAACGGGAUUGCUGCAGUAAUAACAAGGCAGACUUUGCAGUGUUAGCAUGAAUCCUAUCAGUCAAUUGCAUACUCAUAAAAUCUCACUCUGUGUUUAUGACCCAGUCACUUGUCAUAGCCCUGUUUGUGCUUCAGCAUCAUGCAAGUGCAAAAUGACCAAGACACAGAGCUAAGAGGCUAAGAAAUAACCCUCACAAGUACUGAUAGUGCCGUAGAUGUGGUUAGUGGCCUUCUACCUGCUUUGUGGUUGCAACUGUUCUUCUGGGCUGUGGUUUCAAACCCUUCCACCAUGGGUAAAUAAUUAUAAGAUGCUUGCUUCUGCCCAGUGGGACGAUCUUGUCAUUUUCAACAACUACUGAUGCUCUUACCAGUUUCUAGUUAGACUAGCAAGGAGGGUCAAACUGGUCUCAGCCCCAGCACACAGGGCCUGGCUGGUUCUGCAUCCAGCUCCUCAUCCCAUAAUCUCAGUGCACAGUGCAGCUGACUGGGAAAUUGCAAAUAGGGAUACUUAGCUACGAGCAGCACCGUCAGGACAUGAAAAAGCUGAAAGUAAUCUUGAAUAUUUGCGCAGUUCACAAAUCUUGGCAUGCUUUUAAAAUAAAAAAGUUAAUGUUUUGGAUCAAUAACUCCUUUUUGAAGGUGCUUUUUUGUCUAACAGACUUGUUGAGAGUAAUUAAAAAAUAUAAACACUUAAGUACUUUCAAACAACUUACUGUCAAUACACCUGAGCCACAGCCACUUCCGUUACUGCGAUCUCAGUAUUGUAAUGACUAUGUAGUAAGAACAGCUGUGGAAAAAAUUGUUUCAAAGAGGUCACCAGAGCUUCCUUAAAAUCAGACUUUGAGGGUUCUGACAGCACUUAUUUUCUACCCAGGAAACUAUAUCUAGGUAAGCCUUAGACACAACUGUUAAGACUCGACAAUUUUCUCUUAAUUCUUCUUCUCCAGAAGAAAAUGUUACGCCAAACUCUACAUACCAAAGUAAUACCUCAGUAUGAACAUUCUCACCAUUGUAUGCUGGGAACAGAGACAACACUGCCCGAGGAAUAAAAUGGGAAAGGAGUGGAAAAAAGGUUUGCAAGUGCAGUAUCUCCUUUUGUUUGAAGGUGCAGAUUUUGCUCCAAGCAUGCUCUCUCAGUUUUGGACAGAUUCAUAUUGGCACUAUGCUGUAAAAUAAUCUCCACAAGGUUUUGAGGAGCUCAGGAGAGACCCAGAUCCUCAUUUUAAAGGUCACUGGAAAGUGGUCAAAGGCCUACCGAGCAGUCUCUUCUCAAGACUUAGUUUAAGAUUAGUUAAAUUUCACAAUCGAAAAUUAAGAUGAGGAACAUUAGCUUUUCAGUGAUCUGUUUUUACAGCAGAAAAUACAUCUUUAACCCAAACAAUUACGUCUAGACACAAGGAGAUGCUUCAGUGAUUUCACAUGCUGUAACUCAGAAUGGACCACUGAGAGCUUCUACGAGAAAGGAGACCAGUGGAUGGCUCCAAUGUCACUCUAAUCACCGGUUGAGUUUCUUCAGCUCAAUUUAGUCUUGCAGAACUCAAGUGCAGAAACAAAAGCGAUGGCUUUCAGUGCAGUUUCUGCAAAAGACAUCUGCAGUGAGAGAGGACAGACCUUCCCAUUGAAAAAGAAAUGCACAGCAGGGUUCAAAACAGGAAAGGAGUGAUGACUGCUGAGUUAUCCGAGUGGUCACACAGCAAGCUGGGGCAGACACAGUGUCUGAAGCUUUCUGUGUUGUGAGCAGUCUGCUGCCUUGACGAGAGAGCCACAACAGUGCAAUGCUUUGUAAAAGUAGUUGUCAGGAUACAGGAUAAAAAACAGCAGCCACUUUCCCCAACAGCAAGUAGCUCUAUAGUGGCUACCAAAGCAUCAAGCAUCAUUUCACUUCCCCAUCAAGUGAUUGGGAAGCACUGACACCUAUCAUUGGGUCCUUCUGACACCUGUCUUCACAAAAUCCUCUUCCCUGCUUCUCACAGCUGUGCAGGAAUUCUGUAGACUUCUCCAGGAGCCUGUGCAAAGACACUUCUCAGAGACCAAGUUACAGACAGCUAUGCUCUGCAUAUGGGUAUUCAUCUGGCAGAUUCUUGGUCCUAACCACAGGAGUGGCACCCACAUCUCAAAUCCUUUGACUUCCUGACACCACACACAAACAGGGACAGAGUAUAAGGGCAACCGUUGCACUGCUUUAGUUUCUAUGUCAUCUCACUGGAAACAGUAACAAGAACAGGAUGAAGAAAGAUAUGCAAACAACAAAUAUACAUCCACAAUAUUUAGCUCACCCUCACAAUGACAGCCAUAUCAGCUGUUCACCUAGGUGCAACCUCAAACACUCAUCUGAAUUUUGGAGCAACUGAGUAAUGUCUGAUUAACAGAAAAAAACAAUCAAAACUUCUUUAAUCCUGAGCCCUGUGGAGGUGUUUCACUUGUCAGGAAGAUUCUACAUUAGAUACAUGUAGUAUAGGCCAAGCUGAUAGCAAGUGAAACCCUUUAUGCCAUUUGGACAGGUGUUUGCCUACCUGUUCCUUCCAUUGCAAUUAUCCCUGCAGGUCAUCAGCUGAACGUGUCCAGCACAGCACUCACAAGACAGGGCUGCACACAGCUUUUAUUCCAGAGCUACCUAAGGCCAGCCAUUUCCAUGGCCCCUGCCUGACCCAGACUCUGAAGAGGACGCAGCCUUUGCCAUCGGAACCCAGACCAACGCUACUGACUUGCUGCUCGCCAGCAGCCAUUACAGCACUUGAGCAGAUCAGCACACAAUGGAAAACUAUACCACUGACCUAGGUGACAUGGAUGUAACAACAAUGAUUGACUAUGGUGAUUCAGCACCAUGCAUGGGAACUGAGGAAAAGCACUUUGCAGCAAAUUUUCUGCCACCGCUUUACUCAUUGGUGGUGAUAUUUGGCUUCAUAGGCAACAUUCUUGUUAUCCUUAUCCUGGUAAAAUACAAGAAGUUGAAGAGUAUGACUGACAUCUACCUGCUCAAUCUGGCCAUUUCUGAUUUGCUUUUUAUAUUUUCUCUUCCUUUUUGGGCUUAUUAUGCUGCUCACGACUGGAUUUUUGGAGAAGCGCUGUGCCGGAUCCUCUCAGGCAUUUACCUCCUUGGCUUCUACAGCGGCAUCUUUUUCAUAAUCCUGCUGACCAUAGACAGGUAUCUGGCCAUAGUUCACGCAGUGUUUGCUUUAAAAGCUAGGACAGUUACCUACGGCAUCCUCACCAGCAUUGUCACGUGGGCUGUUGCUCUUUUUGCCUCUGUUCCUGGGAUAGUAUUUCACAAAACUCAACAGGAGAACAAACGGUGUACAUGCAGCGCUCAUUAUCCGCAGGAGCGGAGAGAUGAAUGGAAGCAAUUCCUGGCCUUAAAGAUGAACAUCCUAGGACUUGUUAUUCCUAUGAUAAUUAUGAUCUGCAGCUACACACAAAUCAUAAAGACAUUGCUCCAAUGUAGGAAUGAGAAGAAAAAUAAAGCCGUCAGGCUUAUAUUUAUCAUCAUGAUUGUAUACUUUUUUUUCUGGGCACCAUAUAACAUUUGUAUUCUCUUGCGUGAUUUUCAAGAUUCAUUUUCUUUCACUAGUUGUGAAACCAGUGGUCAACUGCACAAAGCAACCCAAGUGACCGAAACAAUUUCAAUGAUCCAUUGCUGUAUCAAUCCUGUCAUUUAUGCCUUUGCUGGAGAAAAGUUUAGGAAGUAUCUUCGUAGCUUUUUCCGAAAGCAAAUUGCAUCCCACUUCUCUAAAUAUUGCCCAGUUUUCUAUGCCGACACAGCUGAACGGGCCAGCUCCACCUACACACAGUCCACUGGAGAGCAAGAAGUUUCUGCUGCACUGUAGGUUGUGCCUAACAAAAAAAAAAAAGUGGAAUUGACUUUUUUGAAAUCAAGUCUAUGACGAAAGCCUGGAGAAUCUCUUCUGGACACUGUCUCUAAUGCAUCUGCACAAGGUCAUGGCACACAGCUAGCAAAGCUUUUAUUUGCUCAUAACAGCACGGAAUUGUACAUAAAUGAAAUGGAUGUACCAAAUUAGCUAUGGAGAUGUGGUAACAGAAUUCUGUGGCAAACAAAAAGGAAAAAAAAGCUUUUUUUUUGGUGGAAGUAGAAGCACAGUUACAUGCUACAGAGACUAGAAACAUACCUAAGCUGAGUCUAACCUAGCAGACUUAUAAACUGAUCUUCUAAAGUGACCUAGUGAUUAGAAAAUGAUAUUGCUUCUUUGGAAACAUCUCUUCACUGUAUUUUACACAAGAUACUUCAUACAUUUAAACUCAGUCUCGGUCCCAUCCUUUAUUAGCGUGGCUGCAUAACUCUGUAAAUAAUGCUAAAUUACUGAGGUUUGUGAUGAAAAAGCUUUACAGUUGUUAUGGGAAAACUAUGCAUUUUGGGAAGACGCCAAUAUUCCAAGGCUUAUUUUCCUUUGUGCAUGGUUGGCUACUGGCCUUUCAGAUCUUCCUUCUAAUAAUUUAACAACAGUCUGAGCUACUAACUGUUGCCAUCUAAGUUAAUUAGGAGUUUGAUAUUUCAGAAUGCUCUUUUGAUAAACUGCAGUUUUAUAUGCUACUUGUAUUAACAACAAAUACGAUGGUCUGUCACUGAUCAGUAAAUCAAUGUGUUUGCAAUAUUUUAAAACUAAAGUACUAUACACAGAGCUUUAACCGUGUUAGAUCAAAUGCAGAUAAUAAGGCUUCUUCAGCUUCUUAGUGCAGUGAUUUUGUUUGCCAUUUUUCUAGCCUACAUAAAAUAACAACUUUAAAAUGCGAAAUUAAUGGAACUGUAAUGGCUGCAAAAACACCACAGCAUUAAAGGUGUGAAAAUGUUUGACCCAGAUCUUUUUGAAGAUAAGAAUAUGCUAUAGACAUUUUUCAAAACAAACACACGCACAAAAAAAGUAAAAGGAUUCACUAAUGCACAAAGCCAAAAACACACAGCAUCUCCCUCACUUCUGAAGAAGGCAUAAUUUGGGGGCAAUUGCUGCGCUUUUUUCUUCCUGCUUCGUGGAAGUUUCCUACAAUGCAAAAGCUUCCAUAAUUCUUCCAUAUUUAGCAAGACUGAUGCUCAACUAUAACUGGGCUUUCCAUUAAAGUUAGAUCUGACAGAGCACAUGAACACAGAGAACAUGAAAUAAGGGGGUACUCAGGUGAUUAAGGUCAUACUUUCGUCACAGUACAAACUGUUUUACAUCAAGUUUGCAUAGCAUUUCUAUCAUUUCUUAUAUUUCCCCUAAUACUUCUGGUUUUGGACAACUCUGGAGAUUCUGGAGGAAUAUAAAAGCGAGUAUUUUAAUGGCUGUUCUGAUCCAGUAGGGUAAUGUCUGUUUCCCAGGUGCCCUGGAUAGCCUUUUUUAAAAAAAUAAGUUUUUCAAAUAAACAGUUCCAAGUAUCAAAGAAAUUUUACAUUGCCAAGUGCUUGUGAAAGCAGGAAGUGAAAUAGGGAAAUAUUUGCUCAUCAGACCACUAUUUAUUGUGUUUUGUCACAUUAAGCACUACUUUUGGACUACUUCCACAUGGGAAACAUAACAAAACCAUAUUAUGCUUUCAGAAGUUUGGUUUUGUUUUCAGCUUCACAUUUUUAAGACACUGUGCAGCAAUUACUACUAUCAGUAUAACCAGAAAUUGGAUAAUUUCAGUAUGAAUAGACAAACAUCCGCAUUUCUUUUUUUAAAGAGAAAGGAAGCUACAUGCAGUAACAUAGGUAGGGUUGUUUGUGUAUGUUUUGUCUCUUCUACAUAACUCUUAUAAAAUGCUUUCAUAUUUUAUUCUGUUCUUGCUAAGAAUUUUGGGGGUUGGACUCGAUGAUCUCUGGAGGUCCCUUCCAACAAUUCUGUGAUUCUAUGAUUUCUAUUCAGAUCCUAAGAUACUUUGUCUUUAAGGAAUUACUUGCUCUAGAAGGCUUUGGUGCCAAGUGGGGUACUGACCAGCUCUGCAGGAGCAAUGCACAAUAA